GAUGGCGCUUCGAACUUGUAAACUGCGUAUGGCGAACUGACGUUUUUGGUUAUUUUUGUUCUCGCCUCGUGUUUACUUUAGUGUCUAAUUUCGAUCCAAUUGCGAAUAUUUAGUUGUGCAAUAGCAUAAAGCCUUCAAUUUCGGUCAAAGACGAUUUUACUAUACCGUAUAGUAUCGAUCUGCGCUUCCCGACUAGAUAUAUGUAUACAGUUUUAUCACGUGGUGGUGUGAUUUAUAUAAUUCUUGUUUACCGUACAAGUCGAAACUUUGCGCAUGUGCGUCCCGUCAGUAACCUCAAAUUGUAGAACGGACACGGAUUCGGCAGGUACCGGAUAUCCGGGUCGUGGCACGGCGGUCUCGGGUUUGUGAUGUGCUAUCGCGGUGAGGGUGCGCGCCCCGCGUGUGGACGUUGGUGAUAUAGGUACACGCGCCUGACAUGGCUCAGACUCAGAUCUCGCGAAGCUCGGAGAGCGAUGCCUGGGCGCUCCUUGCGCUCAAGUCAGCGCCCCCAUCGCCUUCCAAGGUGCAGUGGGCGCAAGAGCCGGCUCCGAUCGCGAUCGCGCGGCUCGACGGUCGUGAUUUCGAAUAUUUGAUACGUCAGAAGAGGGUGAUAAUCGGACGAAACUCUAGCCGGGGUCAAGUGGACGUGAAUAUGGGACAUUCGAGCUUUAUAUCACGCCGGCACCUCGAACUGUUUUACGACCACCCAGAGUUCUAUUUGACGUGCAACAGCAAGAAUGGCGUGCUUGUGGACGGGGUCUUCCAGCGGAAGGGAGCGGCCGCGAUGUUGCUGCCAAAAAGAUGCACUCUACGCUUUCCAUCCACAAACAUCCGGUUAGAGUUCCAGUCGCUGGUAGAAGAGAGCGGAGGAGGGUCGGGCAGCUCUGGUCCUCCCUUACCUCCUCUUCGCAUCUCGAUACCGACGGACAAUGAUGGUCGCAGCCCUGCGCCUUCUCCUACUGGCACAAUUAGCGCCACAAACAGUUGUCCAACAUCUCCCCGAGGGGCUGGAUCAUCGGGGCGACGGCAUCCCGACUUGGGUCUUGUCGCUCAGUACGCAGUUUUAGCGGAACACCAGCGACCGACUUCUAAUGGAACCGCUAGUUCGUCCGCAUCUGACUCCGCGUACAGCGCGCGCGACGCGCGGGAUGCGCGCGAGCACCGCGAAGGCCGAGACGACGCUAAGCCGCCGUACAGCUACGCCCAGCUGAUCGUGCAAGCGGUCGCCUCAGCGCAGGACAAACAGCUGACGCUCAGCGGCAUAUACAGCUACAUAACCAAGCACUACCCGUACUACCGUACCGCGGACAAGGGCUGGCAGAACUCGAUACGUCACAAUCUCUCGCUUAACCGAUACUUCAUAAAGGUUCCACGCAGUCAGGAAGAGCCCGGUAAGGGUAGCUUCUGGCGCAUCGAUCCUCAGAGCGAGGGUAAGCUCAUCGAGCUGGCCUUCCGUCCCAGGCGUCCCCGGGGCGUUCAGUUCCGAGCUCCGUUUGGAUUAUCUUCAAGGAGCGCGCCGACGUCUCCGUCGCAGGUGGGCGUGUCGGGGCUGGUGACGCCCGAGGAGCUGUCCCGCGAGCCCACCCCCGACCUCUUCACCGGAGAGGAGCACGACCAGCAGCAAGCCGGACAGCAGCGGCUGAACAACAACAACGGCAAUAGCAGCCAGUCCACGCAGUACCUGUUCCCUCAGCGGAGUGGAGUCAGCCAGAGCGCGCCAGGAUCACCCGGCGCCGGCGUGUCGUACGGCGCGGGCGGCAGCGGGCUGGUGAUGGCGGGCCACCAGAUCACCGUCGUCACCAACGGCGCCGGCGGGGAGCGGGAAGAGAAGUACGUGGUAGGCGCGGCUGGCGGCGGACUGGUCACCAUCCCCGAGGAGGAGGUUCAGGCAGCCAACCUGCUGCUGCACCAGCACGAGCCCUACUAUGCCAACUACAGCGGCGAGGAGGGCUGCUCGUCGCUGGGCGGGGAGCUCGUCAUCGAGGAGGCGCCCGACGACCCGCCGCACAAGCGGACCAAGCACCAUCAUCCGGAUCCCCCCACUCGAGACCACGGCCGAAGCAACUCUGGCAAAAUAAAAAGGUAUCGGAUAUAGAGGAUCGGCGCGCAUAUUGACGCCCCGCCGCGACCACGUGAGCCUCCCGAGCCCCGCGUCUCGACCGAGGCGCCUCGCUCGCGACGCAACCGCACGCACACUAGCGCCCCGCACUCUGCACAGAAACCGACCAAUCGGAGCGCGCGCUGAUUACGCGACCCCCCAUCGGCUAGUAACGGACUAAUCAUAAUGCGUUCUUAUAACGCUAUCUAUUCUAUUCAUUGGUGGACGUCGACGAGAUCGGAUGGAUGCCUCGGUCGAAAUGGCGCGGGACAGUGGUAUAGCAAUAAAUAGACAGUGAUGUAAGAGGUGAAUUUUUAAUUUUGAACCCUAAAGUGUUAAGUAUAAAGUGUCGUUUCGAGUGGUUUUAAGUUUUACGCUAAGUAAGGCAUAUUGCGUUAUUUUCGUUUAAUUUUAGUUUAAGUGGACUUGACGUUUUGACGUCGGAUGAGUUUUUUUUUGUUGUUGUUGUAUACAUUGCAUGUGUGCUGUGACUUUGUACAGUGAACUUCAAAUAUAUAAGCUUUCUUUAAGAGUUAAAAAUGAUACAUUAAGUCCAAAUAUACGACUUUACGUUAGCUCGUAAUAAAAAAAAUGUUGCAGUGUAUUUGAGGCUCACUGUACAAUUUUUUUCUUCAAAGUGCAAUCAUACAGUAUAAUUUAUUGUGUUAGUAAUAUAGUAUUUGGCCAAUUAAGCACUAAUACAUAUAUAAUAAGAUAUAACGCAUAUAAUGGUCACUGAAUAAAUAUACAGAUACAUAUUAGACGAUAAAUGGAAUGAUUAUUUUAACACAGACAUAUAAAAAUAUGAAAAAAAAGCUACAGUAUCGAACUUAUUCAAAAUUGAUCGAUGUUACAUAGAAAAUAUAGUAAUUAAUUAUUAUUAUUUACUGCAUUGUGCAGUCCAUUCAUUAUAUAUUAUAUGGAUGAUGAAAUGAAAAUUUAUAUAAUGUUUAAUUAUAUUACAGAACCUUGAAUGCUAGUAUACACUUGUCUGUAAACAAGUGUCCUUCGGCUUACGCUUUGAAAUCUUUGCUAUUUAAACUUAAAGGACCUCUCGAAAGCCCUGUAGUUGAACGGUUUGCUUGUCUCAUGUAUGUCAUUGAAUUAAAUUACUAAAAAAUUAAAUGUAAAAUCGUUUUAUAAAAUUCGUUAGAAUUUCUCUCGCGUUAAAAUAAACCCCUUUUAAUGUAAAGACUUUGAUUAUAAGUGAAAUUACGAAUUUCAUGAAGUACAAUGUAUUAAAGUAAUUGAUAUUGUUGAUAACAUACUAGAGAAAUACAAAAAAUGUUUAAUAAUGUUCAGGUUUUGUUGAAUCGUUGCACUGACUUUUUUAAAAUCUUUAACUGCCUUAAUAGGACUUGGCAGUAAGCGUGACUCUGGUGCCAUAUACUGGCAUUCGUACGCCCAAUAAGAUUACUCGAAAGUAUUAAAUGAGAAAACGAGAAAAUUGUCGACUGUAUAUACAUAUAUAUCUAAUUAAAAUUGUAAAACGUGAGACUAUAUAUAUUUUAUAUUGAGUUACAUUGAAUUUUAAAUACAUUAAAAAUAUAUAUAUAUUUUCUUUGUCACCUUAAGAAAAAAAAAAUAUUACCCCUGAGAUCUUGACUCAAGUAACCUUUCUAGAGUUACAGAUUGGUAAAUAAAAUCCAGUCAUUAGAGUAACAACUACUAUUUUUAUCAGUUACAACUGUGUGGCACCAGCGUUACGUCGAAUGCUAAAGGUUGAGGUACCUUUUUAAUAUGAAUCUACUUAAUAGAUUAGCUGAAUUCAGUUAGAUCAAUUUACAAUUUCGAGCGUAUUGUACAAAUACAAUUUAAAACUAAUUAGAUAAAUAUAUGACUUGAACUGUCAAAUAAUUGUGACGUAUGUGAAUAUGUCACAGAUAAUAAAAUAAAAUGGCGGAAAUAUGCCUUUAAGCAAUCGUUAUUAAUAAAAUUUUAUUUCAAAAAUAUGAUUUCCUUAUUUGCAAUACAGUGUAAAAUAUAGAGUAUAGAUCUUAAGUUCGAUUCUAAGUCUUAUUUUAACUUGAAUAACGAUCAAAUUAGUUUAACGAAAGUUAAUAAGUUUAUGUAAAAAAAAGGAACCUAUAAUUUAUUGCACUUUAAUGAAGACUCCAUUUUGUGAAUGGAUUUUGUCUCCAUACUUUGUUUUUCUUGUGAAAAACCAAAGAAGAUUAUAAAAUAAAAUCGUUGUUGUUCCAUUGAAAUGUUAUUUUCUACGAAAUACCAAAUUUUAACUUAUUCUAUAUAGAGUUUUUCAGAACAAACAUACAUAGUAAUAACAAUUGUCACCUAUUUUUCGGUUUAAUUACAGAUGAUAAGAAUUUUUGUUAUAAACACUGGAUAUAUGUAUGUUUUUGUAGUGUUGCUAUGUUAAAUAAUAUUUCGAAACUUUUCGACGACAUUUUUUUUAUUCUAUGCUACAUUAGAUACAGAAACUUAUAUUCGCGAAUUUCACACUAAGGCUUAUUUUGUCAAUUAUGACGAAAUAAAGCAUCAGACUAAAAAAAGAAAAUAUUUUAAAAAAUGGCAACACUUUUUAAUUUUUUUACUAAAACAUUUCGAGUUAAUAAUGAUCAGAGCAAGACUAUUUUGUUAAAAUUAAACUCUCGGUUUUGGUGUAAAAAUAUACAUAUAUAGAAUAAAUAUUAUAAUAAUGAAAAUUGUAAACUAAUGUUUAUUUUAGCACUAUUCUAUACAUAUAGCAUAUGUGUACGACGGGAUCUUAGUGAUCUGUACUUUAAUAGCAUAUUUCUAUAUAACUAUCGAUAUAUACAUAACUAUGUGCAAUGCUUUUCUUGAUGUAUAUGACAUAGCUUCAUAUUUCAAUGUUGUCAUAUGGUAUGUUGCCACCAUUUUAGCCAGGCUUUAAUGCCGCUUCUUCGAAGCAAUUAAAUACCUUUUCACUAUAAAUUAACUAACAAAUUCUCUCCUAUUGGUACGUAUCGUGUCACUAAGGUACCGUUGUAUUAAUAGUAAAAUUCACAAAUGUGAAAAUAACUUAGUAAUUUAAAUUUAGCAUUUAAAUUGUAAAAUAUCCGAGGCUUUAGUACGAAGAGUUUGUAUCUGUAGCGCUCCAGUUAUUCGAAUAUACGCGAUCCGAGUGUACUCGUAUCCGGCCUAGCCGGCGAGUUAUAUUUUGGAUAUAUAUGGUUUGUGUGUACGUUAGAUAUGCGUUUUGCCCCUUAGUGUCUUAAACGGCUGGACCGAUAAUGAUGUAAUAAUAGAUAGGUCAAUAUGCUGUUCUUUGACUUAAGAGUUGUAUGUUUGUGUGUAUGAGUGAGAAAUUUUAUUUGAGUAUUAAACAAAAUGAGUUGUGAAUUUAUUUGAUGUUAACGUCUAAGUUUCAUCCAAAUAGGUCCAGUGAUUUCUUAUUUCCUGAUUAAUUUUAACACAUUAAAGACAAGGGAGCGAGUGUAGUGUAUAAAUACUAUAUGUAACGCGCACUGAAGCUACAUGACUACACGCAAAUAUCAUUCAAUAUCGUCCAUUUUUGUUAUUUAAUGAAGCAACUUGAUUUUUAUUAUUUAUCUGUGACAUUAAAUUGUACUUUUUUUUUAAUUUCGAAAUGCAUAUAAAAAUAACGUAUAUUUAGUUUUUCUAAAUUUUAAAAAAUACAUAUAUAUCUUUGACUUUUUAAUUAUUUGCAAUAAAAAAUAAUGUAAUCGUGUACUGUUCAUCCAUCUCCAUGCUAAGACCGUAGUCAUGUAGUCGGCUGCGACAUAACUAUCAAUACGAUAUAAGGCAUUUAAAAUGCUUAAUAGGUGUCUAACGUCAGACGUCACAUCGUAAAAACAACUUUAUCGCUAAUGGAUUAAAGUUGCUUAUUCGCGUGACUCCGUUAGAUAAUAGUAUGUAAAACAAUUUUGUUGUGUAUAUUGCGUAUGUUCGGUGCGACGUCGCGUCGUGGUACGGUUACCCGUACUCGAUUUAUUAUUGACAAAUUUUAAGAAAUAAACGUAUUUUAUCUCCUUUA